GAAUUGCGAACUAGACGAAGGGAGGGAGGGAUGGAGCGUUCGAUAUUCGGACGAGCGGUUCGACGGCCGUCGUCGUCGGCGAGCGACGACGCACUGCCGGCCGUUGCCGUGGAGGUUAAGGUUGGACGGUCGGAGGCUCCCUUGGAAUCGUGGAUGGGAACCCUGCGUAGUAGCGUCGAUGCGGAUACUGUGCGUCGCAACCGGUGGUGGAAGCGUGUGUCCGUCCGUGUGUACGUGCGUGUGUGUGUGUGUGGUGUGUGACCGUCGUGGCUCUUCCGCCGUCGCACCCCGCGUUCGACCCGCGGAGUCCAGCAUCUUCGGACUAGGAUCGAUGGAGAUUCCCGUCCGGAAGCCCGUCUUUCGUAACCUCCGGUUACGUUACGUACGACUUUCUUCUCGUAAUUAAUUCUCGUCGCCUCCGUCGAGAGUCACGUCAACUGCUGCGGACGACGACAACGACGACGACGACGACGUCGGCCGGCAUCCGGUGGCCGUGUGCCGUGUUUCGGGGCCGCGGCGAGGAUUUCCCGUCGGCGCGUGUGUGGUGCGUGCGAUUCUCGGUCGACGCCAUGGGACUCGCGCCACGUCCUUAACCGUUGCGGGGAUGGACCCCGAUCGGAAGAGACGGAAGACGUCCGGUCGCCGGUGAGGGGAACGACACGCGGAGCUGGUGCGUGGAAGGAAAAUGUUCCCCUUGCUGUUACACGUUCAUAGCAGGUGGAGCUCCGAGAUGAUGGACAAUCUCCACAGCUUAGAUCCUCGAAAACAAGAACUUUUGGAGGCAAGGUUUCUAGGAAAUAGACAACCUCUGCAAGGAAUUCCUAAUAGUGUUCAAGAACAACAUCUUCAACAGCAACAGCAACAGUUGUUACAGACAGCAAUGUUACAGAAUUCAAUUGCUGUUGCAUCCACCCUAAAUCUUACUUCAGGACUUGGUUUAAGUAAUGCUAAUAGUGGAAUUAAUGUCAACCAUAAUCAAGAUUCUAAUUUAAGUACAGCUAGUUAUGGUUCUGGACCUAGUGAUAAAGAACCUGAGACUCCAGAAAAAAAUACACAGCAUAGGAAAAGAAAACGGAAAGAAGACGGAACAGGUAUUCUGGUUCUUAAUUAAUUGUCAAUAGGUUUCAUUUAAAUAUUUAUGACUAUUUUAAAAAUUUUGCUACAUUUAAUUAUUCACUAA